AUGGCAAUAGCAAGCACCUUGGAUCAAUCUACAACCGCCUACAAGCCCUUGAAGGAUCAUCUCAUGCCAACUUACAAGAGAGAGAGGAGUCCAACACCCAACCACCCUCCCUUUUAUUGCAAUGCCAUCACAAGAAGAAGCACUACUCAAGUCCAUGAGGACAAUGAAGAAGAAGAAAGAGAGUAUGAGGAACAAUUGAAUGAUGAAGAUGAAGAGCAGAGCAUCGACAUCAAUGCUUCCCCAAAACAGAGCAUGGAUACACCUAGCCCUAGAGACCCUCGUUUCUCACCAAGAAGUCAAGCUUCUACACUUCCAAGAUUGGAAGCAAUGCAAAGACCAUCACCACCUACUGAAGAAGAAGAUACUUGGCAGUAUGAUCCCAUUGAUCCCAACAAGAUAAGCCCCAUGAAGCUUAAAGAGUUCAAUGCUAAGGUGAAAUCACUUCCAUUCUAUGUCACUUUUGAAGAAGCUUGGGAUAAACAUGGUCUAGUGGAGUUCUUUUUCACAACUAGUGAAAACAAAGAAGAGAUACACCAACUUUUCAGGAAGGCUCGAUUUCCCCUUGCCCCUCAUGCAGUCAAUCAACCACCAUCACCACCAUCAUCACCACCACCCAAGUGGUAUGUCAAUUCCAUAUCAAGAGAGAAGCUUGCUGAGUUCAAUCAGUUUGUCCAAACUCUUCCAGCCAGCAUGUCUUCCAAACAAGCUUGGCGCCACUACCCAUUCACCACCUUUCUUCCACAACUGCAAGGAGACACCUGA